GAAUAGCUCAGUUGGUUAGAGCGUGUGGCUGUUAACCACAAGGUCGGAGGUUCAAGCCCUCCUUCUAGCGGUUCUUUUGUUUUUUAUUUUCAACACCUCCUCUGCCUUCCCUCGUCUCUCUAUCCUGCUCCAAAGCCCCGCGUUCCUUUCACGCCCUUUUUGCUCCUCUCUAACUCUAGCAGACUAUACCGUCCCAUUAGUAGGACAGUUAAGUGUCAAUGGAGGAGACUGAAUCAGUUGAACCCAACAAGAGAAGGGCUGAGGGCAGCAAUAAGCACAAUAUUGUGCAGUUAAAUCCUGUCAAUACCAUAUGCUCUUUCCAUGUAUGUUUUGCUUCCAGAAAGCGCAAAGGUAGAGACGAAGAAUUGUCAAUGUAGGAGACUGCGUCUGUUGGGUUUAACAAAAGAAAAAGGGCGGUGGGCAGAGAUAAGAGCUGUAAGCCCAAGACCCGGCAGUUCAAUCCUGUCAAUGCCACAUGCUAUGUACAGAUAUUGGGGACUGGAAUGGAUACUCAGGAUACAUCACCUUCAGUGUUGCGUUUCUUUGACAACCAAAGAUUUAUCUUUAAUGCUGGGGAGGGAUUGCAACGUUUCUGUACAGAGCAUAAGACUAAGUUGUCAAAGAAACUGCAGGUGGACUUCCAGGCUUGCUGUUGACUUUGGCUGGCAUGGGGAAAGAGGGAAUUUCUUUGCUGAUGUUUUGAAGGUUAAUAUAUGGGAUCCAUCAGAUCUCAAGUAUUUAAUUGAUGCCAUGAAAUCUUUCAUCCCUAAUGCUGCCAUGGUUAUCAAACCGAGCUUUCAGCCCAUGCUUAGCUCUAUUGGGACCACUAUGGCUGAUCAAAGUGGCUUUACAUAUUCUAUUGUUCUUAUUGAUGAUGAGAUUGUUAAAAUUUCGGCAAUUCUUCUACAACCAAGUUCACCAGAAGAGUCUCAGCCCUUGAAUGAAGAAUUGAUGAUGCAGUAUACAUCAGAAGAGGUUCUUAAACAGAGGAUGGCUCAUAUUUUGAAUCCCAUUAAUCCCAAGAGUAAAGCAUCAGCAGGAAAGCUUUGUGACAUGUCUGUGGUUUAUGUUUGUGAAUUGCCUGAGAUUAAGGGCAAAUUUGAUCCAGCAAAAGCUGUAGCCUUUGGUCUUAAACCUGGACCAAAGUAUCGUGAACUGCAACUUGGAAAUUCGGUGAAGUCAGAUCUCCAAAAUAUCAUGGUUCAUCCAAGUGAUGUAAUGGGCCCUUCUGUUCCUGGUCCAAUUGUAUUACUUGUUGAUUGCCCCACAGAAUCUCAUUUGCAGGAGUUGUUGUCCGUCCAAUGUCUCGAUAGUUAUUAUGCAGAUUUCUCGGGUACCCCUGAGAGUUCUAAGGUGGUCACCUGUAUCAUCCAUUUGAGUCCUGCAUCUAUAGUUAGCACUUCAAACUACCAAAAAUGGAUGGAGAGAUUUGGUGCAGCACAGCAUAUCAUGGCUGGACAUGAAAGGAAGAAUGUCGAGAUACCAAUUCUGAAAUCCACUGCAAGAAUUACGGCACGGCUUAACUAUUUAUGUCCCCAGUUCUUUCCAGCUUCAGGUUUUUUGUCCCUUAGGCACCUUGAUUGCUCAGAACCGGGAGCCAUUGUGUCAAGUGAGGGUUCUGUUCUAAAGCUUUGUAAAAGCAUUUCUGCGAAAAAUCUUCUUAAGCCAUAUUCUCUUCUUGCAAAUGGUUUACCUUGCGUCCUUAUGCUCAUCUGGGAUUGGAUAAGUCUUGUAUACCAAGUUCGGUGGCUCCUUCAGAAAUCAUUGAUGAGUUACUAUCUGAGAUUCCAGAUAUUGUAGAUGCUGCUAAGCAUGUUAGUCAAUUAUGGAAAGGAUCCAAAUAAUCAAAUGGAGAUACAAGUUCUCUGCAAGAUGAUACACGUCUGGUUGAACAGCCAUUGUUGAAUGAGAACACUCUUCCUAGCUGUUCAGAAAAUAUAAGGAGAGAUGACUCGGAGAUCGUUCUUCUAGGCACUGGGUCAUCUCAGCCAUCUAAGUAUAGAAAUGUCAGUUCUAUACACAUCGAUCUUUUCUCAAAGGGAGGUUUACUUUUAGAUUGUGGUGAAGGAACUCUGGGUGGCAGGCAACUUUAUAGUAGAGCAAUAACAAUUCUGAUUGGACUAUGAUUUAUAGUAGAGCAAUAACAAUUCUGACUGUUGCAGGCAACUUUUGAGGAUGACAUGUUGGAUGAGGCUAUAGCAAGACAUCACAGCACAACAAAGGAAGCCAUAGAA